AAUAUAAAUCGUAUCAGCUCGCUGAGAUUCUCUGUUACUUGCAAACUCACCCAAAAUCAAAACACAUGAUAACUUUCGGAUUAGAGAUUUGUGAAGAACGAAGAUGGGUAAUUUAUUCUGCUGUAUCCAAGUCGACCAAUCAACAGUAGCCAUCAAAGAAACGUUUGGGAAGUUCGAAGAUGUUCUUGAGCCUGGUUGUCACUUUCUUCCAUGGUGCCUUGGUCAGCAAGUCGCUGGUCACCUCUCUUUAAGGCUUCAGCAGUUAGAUGUUCGUUGCGAGACUAAGACAAAGGAUAAUGUGUUUGUUAAUGUUGUUGCGUCGAUUCAGUAUCGUGCCUUGGCUAACAAGGCUAAUGAUGCGUUUUACAAACUUAGUAACACUAGGAGUCAGAUCCAAGCUUAUGUCUUUGAUGUGAUCAGAGCAAGUGUCCCCAAGCUGCUUCUUGAUGAUGUCUUUGAGCAGAAGAAUGAGAUUGCCAAAGCUGUUGAAGAGGAGCUCGAGAAGGCAAUGUCUGCUUACGGUUUUGAGAUUGUGCAAACUCUCAUCGUUGACAUUGAGCCUGAUGAACAUGUCAAACGAGCCAUGAACGAGAUAAACGCUGCUGCAAGGAUGAGGUUGGCUGCAAACGAAAAGGCAGAAGCUGAGAAAAUCCUUCAGAUUAAACGAGCUGAAGGUGAAGCUGAGGCCAAGUACCUAUCCGGUCUAGGUAUCGCUCGUCAGAGGCAAGCCAUUGUUGACGGUUUACGUGACAGUGUCUUGGGAUUUUCUGUGAAUGUGCCUGGGACAACUGCUAAAGAUGUGAUGGACAUGGUGCUUGUUACGCAGUACUUUGACACGAUGAAGGAGAUUGGUGCCAGUUCCAAAUCUUCCGCUGUGUUCAUACCUCAUGGACCAGGAGCGGUUCGUGAUGUGGCUACUCAGAUAAGAGAUGGGCUCCUUCAAGGGUCCUUUGCUGAGCAGUCUUGAAUGUGGAUGUAUUGAGUUUAUGUUCUUGUUGCUUUUGCUAAGCUUAUGGUGUGUUAAGACUUAAGAUUGGAGUGCUAACUUAGCUUUAUGUU